UUAAUGAAUAAUUAGUUAGUGUUUAUACUGCAUAAAUAUAUACAAUGGUCAAAUUAACUCAAAUUGACGACGAGACGUUUGAAAACGUUGAAAGUAAAGUUGAAGCUUCCAAAAGUUCAUUAAAUGAAAGUGAUGAAAGUGAAUCCGAAUCAGAUUUAGAAGAUGAUGACUUUGAUUAUGAAAAUGAAACUGUAUAUGAUAGAAUUAUUGCUUUAAAAGAUAUAAUUGCUCCAGAACAAAGAGAUCAAAUUGCCAACUUAGGUUCUACAAUUACUUCUUAUAUUACUAGUGGUAUUAAUUCUACUGGAUCAUUAUUUUGGACUUUAACUUCUUCUGCUUUAUUAUUAGGAGUACCAUUAUCAUUAGCUAUUUUAGCCGAAACUCAAUUACAAGAAAUGGAAAAGGAUAUUUCCUUACAACAAUCUGCUCAAGAUGUUUUGGCUCCAGGUUCUGAAGCUGCAUUUUCUGAAAAGAGAUAAUAGAUAUGAAGUGAUUGGUUAGUUUAUGGGGAGUGAGUUUUUAUACAUCAUUUGCUUAUGCUCUUGUACAUAUAUAUAUAUAUAGAUAGUUAAGACAAAUCGAAAUACUUAACUAUAGUUUAUGUUAUUAAUGAUAUAUAAUUUGAAAAUGUAUAUUAUUACU